AUGGCAGUGUUCGGGUAUGUACUGGGGUAUAUACUGGCUGUUUCCUUUACCACAUUGUCUGCGAAAGAGGCAUUGGUUACGGGCUUCAAGUCGUCAGCCGAUAAUACCGGUUCACUUUAUACAUAUGAAGGAACAGUGGAACAACUUUCCAAACAAUCUACUCUCCAGCCAAUCAUAACGUCUUUCUCACUAACAGGAGUCACUAUUACCAGCAUCACUUCUGACCCUCAAAAUGAUGUCCUGUAUUUUUAUGAUUUCUACACUCAAGCAAUAUAUAAGAUGUCAGGUUUUACAUCCCCGAACGACCGAAAGACGUCGUUUAUAAAAAAUGUUUCCGGAUCAAUUAACACGAACAUAGCGUUUGAUUGGAUAACACAGAAUCUAUAUUGUACCGAUGGACUUCUCGGCUGGAUUUUCGUGGUGAACAUGGCAGCUUCGACAGACGAGGACAUGUUACGGAUUCUUCUAGAUACCAACAUGGAAACACCAAAAGCUAUCACCGUCGACCCAAAAGAAGGUUACAUGUUCUGGUCCGACAACUACAAAGGUUCUACUCGUGUAGAGCGGGCAUACCUGUCUGGAGAACAACGUGAAGUCAUAGUGUCUACAAGUCUUCUCAGUGUCGGCGACGUUUACGCCGACGUGCUGGAAAAACGUUUAUACUGGACAGACAGAGGUCGAUACACAAUCGAACGCUGCAUGUAUGACGGUCAACAAAGGGAGAUCAUCCAUCGUCAGAACAAUCAUAUCUUCUCCGACAUUAUGACCGACUUCGUGCAUAUCUGCGUUACGGAGGAAUAUUUAGACACACUGCUGUGUAUGUACAAAGGUUCAUCGGAGUACGUGCUGUUGGAGAAGUAUGACAGACAGCCUUACGGACUUGAAAUCUUUGACAGUUCUCGUAAACCACGAUCCACGGACAAAUGUGCUGUAAAGACAUGUCAACAUUUCUGUGUCCCGACACCUGCUGGAGCUACAUGUGUGUGUAAGAACGGAUACACACUCCAGGGGGAUGGGGUAUCAUGUACCGUUGACCAUGACGUACCACUGAAAGGGUUACUUGUUGGCAAUAAUACGCACAUUUGUGUUAUUGAUAUUUUGGGUUUGGUCACAUAUCCAUUGAAAUCCCCUACCUGUUUCAUAGAAAAUCUUCAAGAUUUAGCGUUUUUGUCAGUGGAUGUUAAGACGAUGGAUGUGUACUUCGUCGACACGGGAACAAACAGUAUUAAUUCUUUCAAUCUGCGAACAAAGAGAACAAUAUCACUCGCCAGUACGGGACUAGUAUCAGGCUUAGCUUAUGAUUGGUUUGGUCGGAAUCUGUACUGGACUGAAACAGACACUAAGAAAAUCAAACUGGUCUCGGUAACAACACGUGCGUCGAGUGAUUUUAGCACGAGUACGCUAAGUCCAUCCGAUGUAACAGUUGAUCCACAUGGAAGGAUGGUUUAUUGGUUAUCGGGGUCAGGUACAUCUCAAAACACAAUACAGGGGGUAUCGACUGAUGGGAGCAUGGCGCCAGCGGAUGUUGUGUCAAGUGGAAACUCGUUGACAACAUUGUUCUACGAUACACUAGGAAACAGACUUUACUGGGUUGAAGCCGGAACACUGAAGAGUUCUCUGGGAAGUGGCUCGGAUAUUGUAACACACAAAGCACUCGCCACACAACAACAGUCGCAGCUCCUCAUAUACAAGAUGUACGUGUUUUGGAUCAGCUCUUUGAAUUCCCAGUUCCACAUCAUGUCCAUGGAGAACAAACAGCUCCAAACAGUUGACGUGAACGGAUUUGGCGUUAUAACUGGAAUGGCUUUGUUUGACAAAUCUAUACAAACAUUGCAGCCGGAACCUUGUUCCAUCCUGAAUGGUGGCUGUUCCCAUGUCUGUAUCCCGACGUCCGAUACGGAGAGACGUUGCGCUUGUACGUUUGGAUUCUUACUGCAACCAGACCAGACAUCCUGCAAGAGCAAACCUGCUCUGGUGAACAACUUCCUGUUAAUGCCUGACCUUAACCACGCCCGUCUCUACCAGCUCUCCCUGGAUACGGUUGCACCCGAAUUUCUGGCCCUAGACAUACGAGUGGACAGGCCAGUUGACACCAUUUAUGACCCUGUUCAUCAGUACGUCUAUUGGACAGAAGCUGUCCUCCGGGUCAUCAAGAGAGCUAAACUUGAUGGCUCAGAGGUUCGAACCCUGCUGACCUUCUCACAAGAGUAUCCUGAAAGGCUAGCUAUAGACGUUAGUACCGGAAAUCUGUUCUAUUCAACCACGAUUUCAUCCGACGAGAGUACUGGUAGGGAUGGUAAGAUUGGCGUUAUAAGGGUCACUCCGGAUCAUGUCCACAACAAGGUAGUGGUCAAGGACGAGGGUACCGCCGACUUUAUUCAAGGGCUGCUUGUUUAUUCCAAAAAAGGAAUGCUAAUCUGGAGCGGAACCGACUUUGAUGGUGGGACACAAGUUGGGACAAUAUAUAGAUCAUUCAUGGACGGGUCUGCUGUAACCUUACUAGUAUCUGAUGUUAACAAACCUAACGGACUAGCUAUGGACUACACAAACGAGCGUGUGUACUGGUCGUCCUAUGACGGAAUAGAGUAUACUGAUUUAUCGGGAAACAAAGGUAUACUGCUUCAGAGUUCGGAACAGCUCACGGAUCUAGUGUUGUCUGGCAACGUUAUUUACUACACAGGUAGAAAUACUCAAAAAGUUGUAAAAAUUGACAAGAAUACCGGAGCCAACAUUCAUUGGUUAAACAGCACAGCGGAAGUCGGCAUUGUGUUUUCAAUCGACAUUUAUACCGGAGAGCAACAACAAGGUAAUACUUACUGCAGCGGUAACAACAUAUGUGACGUUUACUGUCUGCCAACAAGCACGGGGCAAAUAUGUGCAUGCCAGGAUGGUAUAAACUUACAAUCAGACGGAAAAUCAUGCGGAUCAAGUGUGGUGUGCCAAAGGACAAUAUCUAAUGGUCUGAUAUCUUCCUUCUGCACUGGGAUAGUGGGUGAAGUUUGUUCAUAUGAAUGUGACUCUGGAUAUCGUAGGAACAUGGAUUAUUCCACUAUCACCUGUGUAUCUGCGGGUACCUGGACAGCGCCGAGAACUGACCUUUGUCUAGUUAACACUUCGCCUACCACCGUGCCGACAGAUCCGUUACCUGUCAUCGUUGGUGUUGCAGGAGCUGUGGUAGUCAUUAUCAUCCUUGUGGUUCUCGUUGUAUGUUUAUGGAGGAAGAAACGUAAACCCCAGCGAUUUCCAGAUAAUAUUUAUUUGAACAACAGGAGUGUUCCCACAGUAGUACAGAAUCAAUAUGCCUUGCCCCAAGACAUUCAGGGUGCUGUGGGUCCACAGGUUGUCGUGACACCACCCACCGAUUUCAUGGAAAAGAAUAAGAUUAACCCAGCAUACCUCCAUCCACUCGAACGACGCGAUAGAUGUCCUUCGCCAGAUCACGUGUAUGCUGAACUUCCACCUGCUUAUUCAAAGAUGGAUCCAAAUUACAUCCAUCCUAUGGAAAAUGAGCACGAUGAUCCACACCAACAAAAUCCAUACGUGGACCCUGAACCUAUUAAAGACAAGGAAGGGUUUAGGCAAUCACGACAAAGUAAAAGAAGUCGAAGUUGCGAUGAAACCUCCCCAUCAUCGAACGUUUCUUAUACACAGCCGGAUUCCUUGACUGGCGAUAGAGAACAUGAUAACCCAUACCUCAUGCCAAUGCAUGCGCCAGAUUAUGCCUAUUCAAAAUCUGUGGGAAGUGAUCGUGGUCAUCAGGACGGAAACAUUAAAAACAAAGAUGUCUUCGAACAUUUCCCGUACCCGUCACAACAAGAGACUACAUUAACAUCCAGUAGGAAAAUUUACACCGGAAACUCCCAAAAGGAUCGAUAUGUCAGUACGCCUGGUAGUUCCCCAUACCAAAUAUCUCCACCGCAAUUACCCUCACGAUCUGAAAACUCCAAUGAUUCGUAUUCUCACCAGUCCAGUCAUCGUCGUUCUUCACAGCAAGAUGACCCAUAUCGUUUCCAGCCGGGGGUCAACAUGCCAUCAUCACAUCAGCUAUCCGGUCACGACUACCUUGAGCUCGGGCGACAAACAACUUAUUAA